UGGUCAUCUGUACUAUGUCCGCAGUCUCUGGUCAUCUCCUGUACUGUGUCAACCCGCAGUCUCUGGUCAUCUCCUGUACUGUGUCCGUAGUCUCUGGUCAUCUCCUGUACUGUGUCCGCAGUCCAGUUCUGGUCAUCUCUUUCUGUACUGUGUCCGCAGUCUGGCCUGGUCAUCUCCUGUACUGUGUCCGCAGUCUCUGGUCAUCUCCUGUGAAGAGAACUGUGUCCGCAGUCUCUGGCCAUCUCCUGUACUAGGUGUCCGCAGUCUCUGGUCAACUACUAUACUAUGUCCGCAGUCUCUGGUCAUCUCUUGUACUAGUGCAGGCAGUCCCUGGUCAUCUCCUGUACUGUGUCCGCAGUCUCUGGUCAUCUCUGCUGUACUGUGUCCGCAGUCUCUGAAUAAUUGUCAUCUCCUGUACUAUGUUCUGCAGUCCAUUAGUUCAGUCCCUAAACCCCUUUUUUUUCCCUGUUUUCCUGUCCUCUAAAUCUAGGUCCGCGUCUCUUAUCUGGUCAGGUGCGUCUUAUG